UUAAAUGUGCAGAGAAACCCUCUGUGAGGUGUCAGUACCCUGCGUGAAGGAGAAGAGACAGCGAUGGUGUUCUUCUCGGUGUUUGCCUCCGCUGUUUUGGUCUGUGUUGUCAGUGAUGGGAUUCCUCCUCAUGGGAUACACUGGACAUACACAGAGGGAGCUUUGGAUCAGAUGCACUGGCCAACCCAGUACCCUGCCUGUGGCGGUCAGAAGCAGUCCCCAAUAGACAUCCAGCGGCGCAGCGUGAGACACAACCCAGAUAUGUUGCAGCUGGAACUCAGCGGAUAUGCUCAGAAAGGAAAUUUCCUCAUGUCCAACAACGGGCACUCCGUUCAAAUCGACCUGCCUCCCACUAUGGUGAUCACCAAGGGCCUCCCAGGGAAAUACACAGCUGUCCAGAUGCACCUGCACUGGGGCGGCUGGGACCUGGAGGCCAGUGGGGCGGAGCACACUGUAGAUGGCAUCCGUUACAUGGCAGAGCUCCAUGUUGUCCAUUACAAUUCUGACAAGUACAAGAGCUUUACUGAAGCCAGAGAUAAGUCAGAUGGUCUGGCAGUACUCGCCUUUUUCUAUGAUGAUGGGCAUUUUGAGAACACAUACUACAGUGAUUUCAUCUCCAACCUGGCCAAAAUCAAAUAUGCAGGUCAGAACAUGAACAUAUCAAGCAUUGAUGUGCGCUCCAUGCUCCCUGAGAACCUCAACCACUUCUUCAGAUACCAGGGCUCCCUCACCACGCCACCCUGCUACGAGAGCAUCCUCUGGACUGUGUUUGAUACUCCCAUCACUCUCUCACAUAACCAGAUCAGGAAACUGGAGAGUACGCUGAUGGAUAUGGAUAACAAGACCCUGUGGAAUGACUACCGUAUUGCUCAGCCUCUCAACAGCCGCGUGGUGGAGUCAUCUUUUCUUCCGCGCUUAGGGAAAGGAACAUUUUGUCGGCAAGAUGAGAUUGAAUCGAGGCUCCUGAAAAUUGAGGGUCUAAUAACAUCUCUUGGAAAGCAUGUUACUUCAGGUGGAUUUCGCAACUCAGGGCCUUACAGACAUGAACCUCAUGGUCUGUUUCCUUUGGUGCUCGUCUUCCCGGAGAAAAAUUCUGGAAGUUAUGCUUUGGCCCGCCUCAGCCAUCCCAUGGAGCUGGACUCUUUCACAGUCUGCAUGCAUGUCUUGCCUCAGCUCGAGGGGGUCCACACCGUCAUCUCCUACACCAGUAACGGCAAUGACAACGAGAUGAUGAUAUCCAUCGGCGAGGACAGAGAUGCGAGAGAGGUGGGGCUCUGGAUUGGCAACGAGUUUGUCAACCUGCCGCACAACGUCAAGUCCCACGACUGGGCCAACUUCUGCAUCACCUGGUCGUCCCACACUGGCGGCGCGGAGCUGUGGAUCAAUGGCAUGGUGGGGGAGCAGCGGUACCUGAAAAGCGGUUACACAAUCAGCCCUGGCGGUGUGUUCAUCCUGGGCAAAGACCAGGAUGGAUUACUGGGAAUCUCCAACGCAGACGCCUUUGUGGGUAAGAUGACUGAUGUCAACAUCUGGGACUAUGUGCUGACCACAGCAGAUAUCCGGGACCAGAUGUCAUGCGAGACAAACAGCACCGUGGUGGGAAAUGUGUUCAGCUGGGGAACCACCAAACUCAGUCUGUUUGGAGGGGUGCAGCUGGACAGUCAGUAUAGAUGCUCUUGAAGAGGCUCAGCUGCUUCUGUUCACAUGUGCUUUAAAAGGCUGCAGUAAACUAAAUUAUCAAUGCUGAUGGUGGGGAUUUUAAAAUGAGUAUGACAUGUGGUAUGAAGGAUAAAAUGUCUUUCAGGCACCUGUAAUUCAAUUUUUAAUGCAAACUGUAUCUUACAGCUUCAGUCAUGUAUUGUAUUCAUACCUUUGCAUCGUCAAUAAAGGCUUAUAAGUGA